AAGCUCACCAUCACUACUCUCUCAUCUCUUUCUCUCUCUAGACGAACCCUAGCCAUAGACCAUCAUAUCAUCAUCUUCUCUGAUAAUAUUCAAUCUCCAAUGGCGGAAAGCUCAGAAAGUUCUUCUUCUUCUUCGCGGAAGGUCUUCGUGGAGGUCUGCAGCGCGAAGAAUCUGAUGCCGAAGGACGGCCAGGGGACGGCGAGCGCCUACGCGAUCGUCGACUACGACGGCCAGAGACGCCGGACUAAGACGAAGUUCAGAGACCUCAAUCCUCAGUGGGAUGAGAAGCUCGAGUUUCUUGUCCACGACGUAGAUUCCAUGGCGUCCGAGAUCCUCGAGAUCAACCUCUACAACGAUAAGAAGACCGGAAAACGGAGCACCUUCCUCGGCAAGGUUAAGAUCUCCGGUUCUACCUUCGCCAGAUCAGGAUCGGAAUCGCUUGUUUACUUUCCGCUGGAGAAGCGGAGCGUUUUCUCCCAGAUCAAAGGCGAGAUCGGACUAAAGACUUAUUAUGUGGAUGAAGAUCCGCCGGCGCUGGAGCAGAAGGCGGCGGCGGAGGAGAAGCCGCCGGAGGAUGUGAAGAAGGAAGAGGAAAGUAAAGAGGAGGUCAAGAAAGAGGAAGAUCAGGAGAAAAAGGAAGGUGAACAAGAUGAGAAGAAGCCGUCGGCAGAACCAGAGCCACCUAAAGCAGACGAGCAGAAGCCUCCGGAGAAAACUGAAGCGGAAGCCGAGAAGCCUUCAACUGAUAAUCCGAAAAAAGAUGAAGAUCAGAAGGAGAAGACGACUGCAAGCUCCGAUCAUGCGUUGGAGGAGAAGAAGACGACUGCAAGCUCCGCUCAUGCGUUGGAGCUCAGAUCUAUCGCAACAGAUCGGAGAAGCGGCGGAGGCCACGGCGGAGGCAGCGCGUGCGAUCUAGUUGAGCGAAUGCCGUUCCUCUACGUGCGAGUCUUGAAGGCCAAGCGCGGCGGCAGCGCGUCGUCUUCAGCGAACGCCUACGCGAAGCUCGUGAUCGGAACGCACAGUAUAAAAACCAAGAGCCAAGCGAAUGACAAGGAAUGGGACCAGGUGUUCGCAUUUGAUAAAGAGGGAUUAAAUUCCAGUUCUUUGGAAGUCUCCGUUUGGACGGAGGAGGAGAAGAAGGAAAACGACAAGAUUGAGAUUGUUGAGAGCUGUUUGGGAACGGUGUCGUUUGAUCUCCAGGAGGUGCCUAAGCGAGUCCCUCCGGAUAGUCCCCUGGCUCCGCAGUGGUACACUCUCGAGUUGCCGGAGCAGUCGCCUGGAAAUGACGUCAUGCUCGCCGUCUGGUUCGGAACUCAGGCUGACGAGGCGUUUCAGGAGGCUUGGCAGUCGGAUUCAGGCGGGUUGAUACCGGAGACACGAGCCAAAGUUUACCUUUCUCCCAAGCUAUGGUAUCUGAGACUAACGGUCAUCCAAACCCAGGAUUUGCAGCUUGGUCCCGUUCCCGAACCUAAGGCUCGGAGUCAAAGUCAACCUGAAGUCUAUGUCAAGGCUCAGCAUGGAGCGCAGCUAUUCAAGACGAGCCGAGCGCCACUCGGCUCGGCUUGGAACGAGGAUUUGAUGUUCGUCGCAGCCGAGCCGUUCGAGCCGUUUCUUGUUGUUACAGUAGAGGACGCAACGCACGUGCAGUCAGUGGGUCACGUGAAGCUGCACGUGCCAACGAUUGAGAGGCGUACGGACGACAGAGCCGAGCCGAAGUCCAGGUGGUUCAAUCUGAUUGGCGAUGAGAAUCGUCCGUACGCGGGGAGAAUACACAUACGGGUGUGCUUGGAGGGUGGGUAUCACGUGCUCGACGAGGCGGCGCACGUGACCAGCGAUGUUAGGGCCGCUGCCAAACAGCUGGCCAAAGCCCCGAUCGGCUUGCUCGAAGUGGGCAUUCGCGGCGCGACUAAUCUGCUUCCAGUGAAGACCAAGGACGGUACACGUGGCACCACAGACGCUUACGUGGUGUCCAAGUAUGGGCCUAAGUGGGUCCGGACAAGGACCAUCAUCGACAGAUUUAAUCCACGGUGGAAUGAGCAGUACACGUGGGAUGUGUAUGAUCCUUCUACUGUUCUCACUGUUGGAGUUUUUGAUAAUGGAAGGUACAAGCGCGAUGAAUCAGGUAAGCCUGGGAAAGAUCUUAGGAUUGGGAAGAUUAGGAUAAGAUUGUCCGCAUUGGAUACUAAUCGGGUGUACAUGAGUUCAUAUCCCCUAACGGUGUUGCUUACUGGUGGUCCCAAGAGAAUGGGAGAAGUUGAGAUUGCCGUUCGAUUUUCGUGCUCUUCGUGGGUUAGUCUGAUCCAGGCCUACAGCAGCCCAAUGCUCCCAAGAAUGCACUAUGUUCGUCCGUUGGGCCCGGCCCAACAAGACAUCCUCCGACACACUGCGAUGAGGAUUGUCGCGGCUCGAUUGGCCCGAUCCGAGCCGCCUUUGGGACAAGAAAUAGUCCAGUUCCUACUGGACUCGGACACGCACGUGUGGAGCAUGAGGCGGAGCAAGGCCAAUUGGUUUAGGGUUGUUGGAUGCCUCUCUCGGGCCGCCACAUUGGCUCGUUGGCUUGACGAGAUCCGCACUUGGGCCCACCCGCCCACCACUGUCUUGAUACACGUGCUCCUCGUGGCCGUGGUGCUUUGCCCCCAUUUGGUGCUCCCCACCGUGUUCAUGUACGCCUUCUUGAUCCUCGCGUUUCGGUUUCGGUAUCGACGCUCUAUUCCAGCCAGCAUGGACCCAAGACUCUCACACAUGGAUGCGGUAGGCCCCGACGAGCUCGACGAGGAGUUUGAUGGGUUCCCGACCACACGAUCGCCAGACGUGGUUCGAGUUCGGUACGACCGUUUGCGGGCCUUGGCCGGGAGGGCCCAAACGCUAUUAGGUGACGUGGCGGCCCAAGGAGAGCGCUUGGAGGCCCUCUUCAAUUGGCGGGACCCAAGGGCAACGGGAAUAUUCGUCGUUUUCUGCUUAUUGGCUUCGCUGGUGUUCUAUGCGGUGCCGUUUAAGGUGUUUGUGUUGGGCUCCGGUUUCUAUUACUUACGACAUCCAAGAUUCCGUGACGACAUGCCGUCUGUUCCAAUGAACUUUUUCCGGCGACUACCGUCGCUUUCUGACCAGAUUAUGUAAUUCUGGUCUCUACUCUAUUUUGUCGCACACUGUCGGUGGAGUUUUGAUUGCGAAGUUCAUGUACUUUAUUUAUUUUUUUUUUUUGGAGCCAUGUGAUAUAAAUAUUGUGUUCUUUUUUUAAUUAAUUAUUGAAGAAGUUGAAAUAAAGAAGGUGAAAGUGGGCAGAAAGUUGCUCUUGG